GUUUUUUAUUUCUUGUCAUUUUUUUGCCUCAAGCGUUUUAUCAAAUUUUUGUAUAAGAACCAGCAUUUAAUGCAAUUAAAACUUAGUCUAGUUUUGAAUUCCUGUGGUAUAGUUAGACUUAGGAUGAAGCUUUUGUUAAUUGUAAUCUCAACAUUAGUGAUUGUUAAUGGACAGUGGAAUACUCAUUGGUGGGGUGGUCGAUCAGGCAUUGUUCAUCUCUUCGAAUGGAAGUGGACUGAUAUUGCAAAUGAAUGUGAGACUUUCCUAGCUCCAAAUGGAUAUGCUGGAGUUCAAACCUCACCACCAUCAGAAAACAUAAUCAAUGUCAAUGGAAGGCCAUGGCAUGAAAGAUAUCAGCCAGUCAGUUACAUUCUUACAACACGUUCAGGUGAUCGAAAUGCAUUCAUUGACAUGGUCCGUAGAUGUAAUGCUGUUGGUGUCAGAGUCUAUCCUGAUGUCGUUAUCAAUCAUUUGGCUGCUGUAUCAGGAACUGGAACUGGUGGAUCAACUGAAAAUUCUGGAACUUUGAGCUUUCCGGCUGUACCUUUCGGAUCUGGUGACUUUAAUGCAAGAUGCAGUAUCGACAACUACAAUGAUGCACAUCAAGUCAGAAACUGUUGGCUUCUUGGAAUGCCUGACUUAAAAUUAAGCACAGAAUAUGUUAGAGGCAAAGUAAUUGCAUAUUUGAACGAUCUUAUUAGCCUUGGAGUAGCAGGCUUCAGAUUUGAUGCAGUCAAACACAUGUGGCCUGGUGACUUGGAAAACAUUUUCGGACGUAUUAAUAACUUGAAUACAGCGCAUGGAUUUGCUGCCAACUCACGUCCAUUUAUUACACAAGAAGUCAUUGACCUAGGUGGUGAAGCUAUCAGCAGAGAUCAAUAUCUUCACUUGGGAACUGUUACAGAAUUCAGAUAUAGUGCUGAAAUCGGACGAGUUUUUCGUGGAUAUGAUUUGUUAAAACAUUUAAGGAACUUUGGUGAAAGCUGGGGCUUUAUGGCAUCAGCCAGUGCUUUAACAUUCGUCGACAAUCACGAUAACCAAAGAGGACAUGGAGCUGGUGGUGAUAAUGUCUUAACCUACAAAGUCUCGAAACAAUAUAAAAUGGCGACAGCCUUUCAUUUAGCGUGGCCCUAUGGUGUCCCACGUAUUAUGAGUUCUUACGAAUUCAAUGAUGGUGAUCAAGGUCCACCUGCUAAUGGUGAUGGAAGCUUGAGAUCACCAACAUUCAAUGCCGAUGGAUCAUGCAGUGGUGGAUGGGUUUGUGAACAUAGAUGGCGUCAAAUCUACAAUAUGGUUAGAUUCCGUAAUGCAGCUGGAACCGCAGCAGAAGCAAAUUGGUGGGAGAACAGCGGUGGCAAGCAAAUUGCAUUUUCUCGUGGUAAUCGUGCCGUUAUUGUCUUCAAUAAUGAGAACUUUGACCUCAAUCAAUCACUUCAAACUGGAAUGGCUGCUGGAACUUACUGCAAUAUUGCAGCUGGAAGUAAAUCAGGAAGUAGUUGUACUGGAAGUACAAUCACAGUCAAUGCCAGUGGUGUUGCUUCAUUCAGUAUCACAGCUGGUGCAACUGAUGGAUUUAUUGCUAUUCAUGUUGAUGCUAAAUUGUAAAUAAAUUGACUAAUAAAAAGCUUUAACCACUUGAAAAGCAGUUGUUUCCCACG